AUGACAGAGUCGUUAUUUAUUAUAAUUUAUGAUCCAGCAUUAACGACGACAAAACCACCGCAGCGUCGAGAAUCUUUGCCUUGGUAUUUAUCAGGUGAAGAUUCCAUACCACCCGCAGAAUUUCUGCUGCCGCCUAGAGCCAAACCAUCAGAAGCUCAGACGCAGAGAAAUGUCCCCGGUACUAAAGGUUCGAGUAAUUGGCGUAAGAAUUCCCGGAGCGAUAUUGAACAGCGCUCUGAAAAGGACACCCACCACAUUCCGUAUAAUUAUUACAAUAAUUACAAUGACAAUCUUGGAUUUUACGAUCAAGUGCAGUCUAAACCACGUAAAGAAGCGAUUGUCGCUCGGAAAGAAGAGUCAAAGGUGGCAAAGUACGACCGAGCAACAGGAGUAGAGUGUCCUUACCCGGAAGCAACUGGUCAGUUUAUUUACCCAAUUGACUGUAAUUUCUUUGUAAACUGCUGGAAAGGACGUGCUUUUAUCCAGCCAUGUGCACCUGGAACUAGAUUCAAUCCCGAAACUCUUGAGUGCGAUUUCCCUCACAAAGUUAAGUGCUACGGCGGAGAGUUGGCUGACUUUGUAGGAUCGGAUUACUCACAGCCGGAAAUUUCUGGACAACGAGAGCCUUUGUCGAUUAAAUAUUCUCCAUUAGUUACUGCUGAGGUUAAUAAUUACCAACCAACAUGUCUGGAGCAGCUGACUGGGUUCCUACCGCAUCCAGAAGACUGCAAAAAGUACCUCCAGUGCGUGAAUGGUCAAGCGAUUAUCAGAGACUGCGGCCCGGGGACAGUAUUCAACCCUAUAAUAAGCGUCUGCGAUUGGCCUAAGAAUGUUCGAGGCUGCGAAAAUGCGAUCGAAGAACCUGAAGACACUCUACCUCUUUAUCUUACUCCUCCGCGAUCUGCGCCAAUAAUAUCGCCGACCAGAGAUAGUUUCUCAAGUUAUGUAAUCCCGAAUUCUCAGAAUAGUUGGAGACCAAUUCCUCGACAACAAGUGAUUCAACCGAUCGCUUGCCCAAGGGACUUUUCAGGAAUCACCAAGCACCCUACGGAUUGCGCUAAAUUUUUACAAUGCGAUCAUGGUGCGACUUUUAUAAUGGACUGCGGACCGGGGACUGUUUUUAAUCCCAGUAUUAGUGUCUGCGACUGGCCAUAUAAUGUUCCCGGUUGCAGUCAAGCUGGUCAUAAUAAUAAUGAUGAUGAUAAUAAUAGUCCGGUAGAACGUGAAGGAAGGACACACGAUUUGAAUUCUUGGAAUCAACAAGGAAAUUCUAACAGUGGGUUCAAUUCAAAUCAUCCUGGUUAUAGUCCAAGCCAAGGUAGACCUUGCUCAUACCCUGGCUGUUCGAAUGUAGGUCAGGGACAAGGACAAGGGCAAGGGUUAGGGUUAGGAUAUAGUCCAGGACAAGGACAAGGUCAAGGAAGGUUCCCUCCAAGAUAUCCAAAUCGGCAAAACCGGCCACCAAUUGUUGACAAUCGUUCUUCUAGACCAAAUUCUUACAACCCGCAACAAAAUCCUCACCAAAAUUAUCCUCACUACAGCACCAAUGAUAAUAUCAGGACCAAUAAUGAUAAUUUGAGAGAGUUUCCAGCGUUUCCGGGUAACAUUUAUGUAGAAGCGCCUAGAACGAACAAUCAAUGGAAACCAAUCAUGAGUAAUAAUAAUAAUAAUAAUCAGUGGAAUCAGCCUACUUGGAGACCGGCUUCCGUUGAUUCAACUCAGAAGCCUGCGGUAUAUAAUGGCCAUGGGUAUGGAUAUAAUCCUUCUGGGGGAUUUACUCCGGGAAGGUGGUCUGAUCACGAUCAAGGCUUGUCGCCUCAUUCGAUCAAUCAAGGUAACGUAAGCCCGGAUAAAAGUAAAAUUAAAAAAGUAAAUCCUUCUGGGUACGUCGGUUCGAAUUAUUACAACAUUACAAAUAUUAAUGGAUCAAAAUGGAAGCCUCUUAAUACUUCAUAUUCAGACACUCAUCCUGAUUUGACGAGCCAGUUGAAUCCACAAAAGCAUUACCAACCAUGGAAGUCCAUUAGCCACUAUAAUAAGACGCAAUAUACCAUGAACAACCACUUUAAUCAGUCUCAUAUUGGAUGGGAACCUGAGAACAAAACAAACAAUCAUUUAUACAACCAUAACACACGUACUUAUACAACUUCGGAGGAGCCGAUUCGCCGUAAUGAAGCCAACAAUGUUGGUAAUUAUAAUGCUCACAAUGGAAAGCCUAUUUCUAGUACUGCUAGUACACCAGAUGCUUUCGGUUCGUCUUAUUCACCCUCUGAAACUCCGUCGAACCGGAGAGAAAAAAUUCUGCCCGACGGAGUAAUGGUGCCUUGGGAAAAACCUGAUACAAAUGCGCCAGAGGUAUCGAUUGACGAGGACAUUAAUUAUGGGUACGAUGACGUGCUUGGAAACGAAAAUAAAAUAACUCCGGUGUCCGUUGGACCUAAUAUUGAUAAAUAUGACGUCGAUGUGCUGGAUGUUGAUACAUGGAAGCCGAAAAUAACUAACAAAACUUCCGGCAAAAGUAAUAAUGACGACAACAGCAGUAUUAUGAAGAUUGAUAACAAAGUCGUGGACCUGGAGAUUUUUAACGUCGAAUCGGCCCCUUGGCAGCUCAUCGAGACCGCUUUCCCGGUUUACUAUGUUCCGCCGCUUAUUUCUCUCGGUCAUACGAACGACAAAUUAAUUACUCCUUUAUCCGGUCAGAUUGUGAGACUGAGAGGGGGUUCUAGCAACAUAAAUGGAUAUGUUGAAGUACAAGGUAUCGAACCGGGUUGGGGAGUUGUUUGCGAUACUAAGCAUGGAUGGACUUUAAAGGAAGCUAAUUUAGUUUGUCGUCAGCUUGGAUUUACAAGCAUCCCCGACUGGAUUGCUGCGACAAGUGUCCAGUGUUUUGGGAACGAAACUAAUUUCCAGUCGUGUAAAUUUACCCACGGAAGUGAAUGUAAUAUCCAGAGGGACGCUGUAGCAGUCAGUUGUCUGCCUAAUCGAGUUGCUCAUUGUCGCGGUGAUGAGACACCUCACGAUGGUAACUGCUAUCAUCUCGCCGACUCAAGCUCGGGAUUAAAUCAUGCUGAGGCUUUGAAAUACUGCUCCUCAAAGAAUUCGAGACUUGUUGACAUCACCACCCAAGGGGAGAAUAAUUUCCUAUCUGAAUGGCUGAUACAGAGCCACCCGGAAAUCGAGUCAAUCAUGACCUCGGGAAUUGGGUUUACUACUUUUAAUAGAACCAUUUGGCUGUGGGAAGAUUCCGCUAAGGCUAAAUUCAACGUUAGAGCAAGUGCUUCCUAA